GUCAUCAAGGAGGAGGCUAUGCGAAGAGCGGAGGAGCGGAGGGCGGCCAUCUUGGAUCAGCAGGAGGAGACCGAGUACCGACUCAUGGAGCACGAGGCCAAGAAGGAGAGAUACUUGGACUUCAAACGUGAGUUGGAUGGCCUACGUUCCAAGAACAAGGAGAUCAAUGUCGAGCGGCAGAGGAGACGUGAAGACUAUGAACGGGAGUCAAUUGCAGACGCCGUCCGCAAGAAGGACGACAAGAUCGAUCAGCUCAAUGCCGAGCGUCAGCGAAUGUGGGAGCUGCGGAGAGCGGCCCAGGCCGAGGCCUACAAGGCCCGCGAGCAGGUGAAGAACGAGAUCUUGAGACAGCGGAUUCAGUCGAAGUUUGACUCAAAGAGCUUAGAGGACAAGCUUGGGUCUUUGAUGAGGAACGACCUCUUCAGUGCAAAAGUCCUUCAGUCGAGCCACUCAUUGCCUUCCCUACGGUCUACAGGUCAUCCGAGUCAGGAGGGCUAA